AUGAACGAUCAACCUCCAGCAUACCAUGAAGCCGCAAGGUCCAGCGCAACUCCCGCCGCAGUCGACAAGAAGGCCCAGUUGAACCAAAACGGUAUCCUACCUCGAUACGCCCUGCUAUCUAUCUCAUGGACCGAUCGGAUCCGCCUCAUGCGGUUCCCGGAGCCACUUGUAGCGCGUGUAACGGAGAUACUCGAAAAGCUGUGGACGAAGGGCAUCCAGAACGUAAAAUCGCAGAGCGAGGGUGUCGAAUUCAAACUGCGCGGGACGCCGUUCUCGCACAGCGGCGAUGAAGAGAAGAUAGCCGUCCGAAAGCUGAUGCUGGGGAUAUUAGAUGGGCUGGCGAGAGAAGGGUGGGGGGUACAUCCUGGUGCGGGCGGAUUGGGGAAGAUAGGGAAUUAUUCGUCGCUUGGGGAGAAAGGUAUGGAUCUUCGCAGUGUGAUUUUCCAACCACAACAACCGCAGCAGCUCUCUUGGCUGUGUAUCUCCUUUGACUCACAGGAUCUGAUCCAUCUUAUGAAUGCGCCGAUUGAGCUGGCCAUGUCUCUUAUCGGAGUUCUGGAAGAGAGGAUUCAGACAUGUAACCAGGAUCUUGUGAGUGGUACCUUCGAGCUCAAGUUCAAAAAGAACCUGUGGAAAAAGUCGUCGAGCGAAGGGGCGGUGCAGAGCAGACUUGUGGCCCUCGAUGUGCUCCAGUGCCUAGAGAGCCAGGGGUAUUCGUUAUGUGCGAGCGUGGACUUGGAUCAUGGCGAUGGAGGUGAUUUGUAUCAGAGUAGUGCGGAUAUCUGGUUCUGUUGUCGGUGA